CCUCUUUCUGGGUGUACUUCUUCUCAUGGGGCAGAGCCCUAGGGCCAAGGGAUGGCCCAUUUAGAGCCUGCACCUCCUCCUUGCAGACUAUACCGUGAAUCCUGACCCUUCAGUUCCCUGCCCCAGUGCUCUCGAGGCUGCUUUCAGGUCCUGUGUGGGCCUCUUCCAGGUCCCUCUGCCCAGAGAGGGGCAUACUGCAUCUUCCGUGACAUGCGUGCACCCAGAGGCCUGCGGGUUGACAAGGUCCCUGGAUGGCCGACUGCAGGUGUCCCAUCGGAAGGGGCUCCCCCAUGUCAUCUACUGCCGCCUGUGGCGAUGGCCUGACCUGCACAGCCACCACGAGCUGCGGGCCAUGGAGCUGUGUGAGUUCGCCUUCAACAUGAAGAAGGACGAGGUCUGCGUGAAUCCCUACCACUAUCAGAGGGUGGAGACCCCAGUUCUACCUCCUGUGCUGGUGCCACGCCACACAGAGAUCCCGGCCGAGUUCCCCCCACUGGACGACUACAGCCAUUCCAUCCCUGAGAACACUAACUUCCCCGCGGGCAUCGAGCCCCAGAGCAAUAUUCCAGAAACGCCACCCCCUGGCUACCUGAGUGAAGAUGGAGAGACCAGCGACCACCAGAUGAACCACAGCAUGGAUGCAGGUUCCCCAAACCUGUCCCCGAAUCCGAUGUCCCCAGCACACAACAACUUGGACCUGCAGCCCGUCACCUACUGCGAGCCAGCCUUCUGGUGCUCCAUCUCCUACUACGAGCUGAACCAGCGCGUCGGGGAGACCUUCCACGCCUCCCAGCCCUCCAUGACCGUGGACGGCUUCACCGACCCCUCCAACUCGGAGCGCUUCUGCCUGGGGCUGCUCUCCAACGUCAACAGGAACGCGGCCGUGGAGCUCACGCGGAGGCACAUUGGGCGAGGCGUGCGGCUCUACUACAUCGGCGGGGAGGUCUUCGCCGAGUGCCUCAGCGACAGCGCCAUCUUUGUCCAGUCUCCCAACUGUAACCAGCGCUAUGGCUGGCACCCAGCCACCGUCUGCAAGAUCCCGCCAGGAUGCAACCUGAAGAUCUUCAACAACCAGGAGUUUGCCGCCCUCCUGGCUCAGUCCGUCAACCAGGGCUUCGAGGCCGUCUACCAGCUGACACGCAUGUGCACCAUCCGCAUGAGCUUCGUCAAAGGCUGGGGAGCCGAGUACAGGAGACAGACGGUGACCAGCACCCCCUGCUGGAUCGAGCUGCACCUGAAUGGGCCUUUGCAGUGGCUCGACAAGGUCCUCACCCAGAUGGGCUCCCCCAGCAUCCGCUGUUCCAGUGUGUCUUAGAGACAUGGGGUGUGAAUGGGGGGGGGGGGGGGGCUUGGGCGAAAAAGGCCGUGUAGGCUGUGGAGAAAAUUGGAGCUCAACUCACUCUUGUCAAAGAAGAAGUUUUUCUCCCUCAGUCAAGGUGGCACCGACCUGUUUUCCAAAAACAAAAGCGAACCCAGAGAUGGAUUUUAUGAACUGCUGUGUCUGCUGCACACAUUGGCCCUUUGGCCCCAGUCCGGAGGGCAAGAGAUGGCUUCUGCUCUGGUGGCUUGAGCAAACAGGGAGUAUUUCACCACCGGCCCCCUCCUCCCGGCCCUUCUGUUUUAAUGACCGCAAUCUAGGACAUCACUAUCCCACAGGAAAUGGCCCUCGGGUCCAGACUGGAGUGGGAAACUCACCUGGGGUGUUCUCGGUAGGGCGGAGCCUGCAGGGGUCUGAGCACCCCUCACGCCUCGCCCUCUAGCGCUUUUAACAAAGGCUUCACCCGAGCCCCAGCACUGGGGUAGACCCUGCACCCCGGGAGCUGGACUGACGGGGUGGGGGGCUCGCCUGUCUCCUCUCGUCUCCGAGCCUGUGUGUUCAGAGCAUGGCCACAGGGACAGUGGGGAAAGCUGGUGAGACAGCUCCUCUCUCCCACUUGUCCCUUCUCACUCUGAACGCCGGGAAGUCUGCCGAGGCUCAGCGCUUCUGCAAGGUCUAGUUCAUCUUCUGGCGCUAAUCUCAGAGACUGGAAUUACGUGCGGUGCUCACGGGCUGCAGGAGGUCACAGCUGUCACAUCGCGGGGUUUGAGCGUGGGUCUCCGGUCGUCUGUAAGCGCUCACUUGCUGUUCUUAUGCAUCCGGCUAUCUCAGUUUACGUAGUCAGUUGCAUUAAUUAAAUGAGCUUUAUCAUAUGCUCAUUUAAAUGUUUAUUUUAUAUUAAAAAAAAAAAACUCCUGGG